AUGACCAAACUCUUCACCCCCCUCCGCGUCGGCCGCGUCGAGCUCUCCAACCGCAUUGCCAUGGCACCCAUGACCCGCUUCCGCGCCGACGACAACCACAUCCCGCUCCCAAUCGUGAAAGAAUACUACGAGCAACGAGCCUCCGUCCCAGGAACCCUCCUGAUCACCGAAGCAACCUUCAUCUCGCCGCGCGCCGGCGGAUACCCCAACGUACCGGGGAUCUACAACGACGCGCAGAUCGCCGCGUGGAAGGAAAUCACCGACGCCGUGCACGCCAAGGGCAGCCACAUCUACGUGCAGCUGUGGGCGCUUGGCCGUGUUGCCUCGCCCGACGCCCUGAAGGCCGAAGGCGACUUCGACCUCGUUUCCAGCAGUGCCUCGCCGGCAGCCGAGGGCGCCCCUGUGCCGCGUGCGAUUGAGGAGGCUGAGAUCGCCGGCUGGGUGGCGGACUACGCGCAGGCUGCGCGCAAUGCCGUCGCUGCUGGCUUCGACGGUGUCGAGAUCCACGCUGCUAAUGGGUAUCUGAUUGAUCAGUUCAUUCAGGAUAAGUGCAAUGUGCGUGACGAUGGGUAUGGUGGCAGCGUGGAGGCCAGGGGCCGCUUUGCUGUCGAGGUUACCAAGGCAGUUGUUGAGGCUGUUGGUGCCGACCGCACUGGCAUUCGCUUCAGUCCCUGGAGUACGUUCCAGGGUAUGCGUAUGGAGGAUCCUCUGCCGCAAUUUGAGUAUCUUGCGACGCAGAUGGCGGCGUUGAAGCUUGCUUAUGUUCAUCUGGUUGAGUCGAGGAUUACGGGUAAUGCGGAUACUGAGUCGACGGAUCAGUUGGAUUUCUUCUUCAAGGCUUAUGCUGAUGCUUCGCCGGUGAUUGUUGCUGGCGGGUAUAAGACGGAUUCGGCGAUCGAGGCUGUCGAUGCCAAGUAUCAGGAUCAUGAUGUUGUGAUUGGCUUUGGACGGCCUUUCAUCACCAACCCUGACUUGGCUUUCCGUAUUAAGAAGGGCAUUUCGUUCGUGCCUCAUGAUCGGACCAACUUCUAUGUUCCCAAGGACCCCAAGGGAUACAUUGACUACGAGUUUAGCGAGGAGUUCAAGUCUGUCGGAGUUCAGGCUUGA